UUAGAGCAAAGUUUGUUAAGACUUUUGUUCUCAUGGCUCUGGAGGAAAUGAGUCGGUACGGAUGACCCCGAGGCAAUGUUUUUCAACAGAAGUGAAGAAAUCACUAGCGUAACGUCACAAAUGUGAUUUCCUAUGUUUCACAGGAUACAAAAUUACGGCUUUUGUUCGGUUACAAGGUUGACAUAUCGAAACCGGGAGGUGUAGUAGGCUUGAUCUUCCAACUGUUACUAUUUACCGACGACAGUGCACAACUGGAUAACCUGUUUUUGAUUCUGUGAUUGUGUUACGGGCCGCUAAGACUACAUUUACUCUUUUGCAACGACUACGAUGUCCAAAGCAAGUUUUUGUGUACAAAAACAAUGGACCAUAGGGAUAACACUGGUUUUCGUCUUGAGCUUUAUCUCUUUUAAAGUGGAAAGCCAGUCUUGCCAUGGAGCAUAUGAUCUUUACUUUGUGUUGGAUAGGUCGGGGAGUGUUGGACAAGACUGGAGAGAGAUUUACCUCUUCGUUAAGAACCUCACUGAGCGGUUUGUGAGCCCUAGCUUGAGAGUAUCCUUCAUUGUAUUCUCAUCUCAGGCCGAGGUCAUGCUACCUCUAACUGGAGACAGUUAUCAAAUUGAAGAGGGUCUGAAGCGACUAAGCGAAGUGAAACCAGCCGGUGAUACCUACAUGCACGAAGGAUUCAAAAUGGCUACAGGACAGAUGAAGGCCCAGACCCAGAAGUCCUCCAGUAUCAUAGUGGCUCUGACGGACGGGAAGCUCAGUCCUUUCAUUCUGGAGCUCACAACAAAGGAGGCUAACGAAGCAAGAAUGCAAGGCGCUCGGGUAUACUGCGUUGGCAUCAAGGACUUUGAUGAAAGUCAGCUGGCGGACGUUGCAGACUCCAGGGCCUAUGUGUUUGCAGUGCACGGAGGCUUCAAGGCCCUCAAAGACAUCGUCACCUCAAUCCUGAAGAAAUCAUGCACAGAGAUCCUCAGCGUUGAGCCCUCCAGUGUGUGUGCCAACCAGUCCUUUGACAUCGUAGUGAGGGGGAAUGGCUUCACGCUGGGCCGAGCCAAGGAUGGAGCCCGGUGCCGCUUCAAGGUCAAAGGCAACACUUAUGAUGAGGUGCCCAGUGUGGUGAGAGAUGAUUACGUGCUCUGUCCAGCGCCGAUGCUACAGGAAGUGGGAGAGUCCAUGGAAAUCCUUAUCAGCCUCAAUGGCGGCAAGUCCUUCAUCUCCAGUGCCUUCACUAUCUAUGUCACCACCUGUUCGAGUGGUUGGGUGGUGUUUAUUGUGUUCCUGGUGCUGCUGCUGCUGGCUGCCCUGGCCUUCAUGUGGUGGUUCUGGCCGCUCUGCUGCACCGUGGUCAUCAAAGAUCCCCCGCCUCGACCAGCCCCUCCUCCUCCACCUCCACCAGAGGAGGACCUCUCGCCCAAGAAGAAGUGGCCGACUGUGGACGCCUCCUACUACGGAGGCAGAGGUGCCGGGGGCAUCAAACGCAUGGAGGUACGCUGGGGUGAGAAAGGUUCCACAGAGGAGGGGGCUCGGCUGGAGAUGGCCAAGAAUGCGGUGGUGACGGUGAAUGAGGAGGCGGAGGAGCCCAUGAUGAAAAAGCCAAAAAGGCCUCCAACCUCCCCCCACACAGAGUCCAAAUGGUACACGCCAAUCAAGGGUCGUCUGGAUGCACUAUGGGCUCUACUUAAGCGACAGUAUGACCGAGUGUCCCUGAUGAGGCCCACGUCUGCUGAAAAGGGACGUUGUAUGAAAUUCAACCGGGUCCCACAUUAGAAGAAGAUUUUGUGCAUCCACACACUCACAGUGAGCAGGAAGAUGGGAUGAGGAGGAAUAGGAGGUUUCUGAAGACUUUGUGGUUCAUUCAAUCACCACUGUACUUUAACUUCUGUCCAAAUUGUGCACAACGUGGACUCUUUCAACCUCAAUCUGUGUGCCUUGGUUGUGUUCUAAUGUAGUUAUAUGCUCCAAAUCAUUGUAAAAAAAGAAAAAGAAAAAAAAGCAGAAACAGCUUUACAAGGGUGGGUUCUUUUUUAUAUGUAUAUUUUAUUUUUAUUUUUUUUACUUUUCCCUGAAGAUUACCCAAGUGCAUUAUUGUGCCGGAUCCGGUUAGCUUUUUGUGCGCAGUGAUGGCUUAACAUAUUCCGACCAUAUUGCUCCUUCUGUGGAAAAAAAACUAAUUUUAUGGACACAGACGGAAGCUAUUUGGAAAAAAAAGAGAGAGAGAAACUGAGAAGAGGAACAAGAGAGAGGGAAAGAGAGAGGGGGGGAGAGAGAGAGCAAGAGAGGCUGUUUGCCGUUGGCGUGGAGGGAGAGUUAAUCCCAGUGGGGCUGGCGAGUGAGAGCAGAAGUCCAGUGCCUCUUGGCUACAUGUCUUCACACAAUCCCUCCUCUCCAAGCGCAGUCCGUCUCACUGCCUACUGCCCGCUGGCCCGCCGGCCUGGACGCCUGUUUGCCUGGCGGGAGGCCUGUGACUGCCGAUCUUGUCAUUUUAACACUGAGAAGUGCACACGCAUGACAAACUGGAGGAGUGGACGCCCCCAAGGUAGUGGCAGCAGUGGGACUUCGCCCCUUUCGCGUUUUUUUUUUUUUUUUUUUCUCGCAAGACACCUUUUUUCCUCUUUCAUUAUGUUCUCGGGACAGGAAAAAUUAAUAGAGCGUUACUCCCCCGCGAGAGACAGGCCACCCCCGCGAGCAAACACGGGGCCCGGGCUACGUUCAGAGCGACGGGUGCGUCAGGACCUUGACACGACGGUUGGUGCUAACCCCCCCCCCCCCCCCACCACCACCACCACCACCACCACCACCACCACCCAACCCAGCACACACCCCCUACUGCAGUGAGCCUCCGCCUCCCCGAUGCACAGGGCAUCACUCCCAAUAAGCAUUCCCAUCAGUUACGAGUUCUUUAAAGACAUAGAUACAGCUGUCUCAACACUGCCGGACUCGCCAUAUCACAUCUCCAAGGCCUUUCUCUUCCUCUCACUCUCUUUCUCCAUCCCUCUCUCUCUAUCUCUCUACUUUCUCUCUCUCUCUUUCUCUCGCUCUUUGGAGUCACAACUCACUAAUUCUCCCUGCAUGAGAAUAUCAGAGUUUAAUUAAAAUAAUUAAAGACAGCAGCAAGCAGCAGCCUGUGAAGAUCUGCCUCAUCCCGUCUCUUAUGCCUUCUGACAUUGAAUGACCUAUUACUGUUGUGCCGUGCGUUCUCCACAACCAAAUGGCAGGGGUGUCCGAGCGCUCCGAAACAGGGAGAGAGCAGGAGAUGUGGACGGAGAAGCAUUGUUCAUUUCCAGAAAUCACCACACCCACACACAGACACACACACACACACACACACACACGCUAGUGCACACACAUAGAAAAACACCCCAAAUGCAUGGCACGAUAUGUUUAUUGUUAGAAUGUCUGAAACGUACUGUCAGGACAGGGCCGUAUAGGCGUGUGAGUGAAAGCGGAAAACUCACAGGGGGGAGGACAGGCUGGGGUGGUGUUUGGGAUGGGUCGGGGGGGGGGGGGGUGUAGCAGCUGAGGGGAAAGGCUCGAACGAUCCAGUCACUUUCGAUAGGCUACUUCAGAUGCGAAAUGGAUAUUGGAGUGGAAAUCUGACAAAGCGCGCGAGGCCUUGACGGGAAGUGGUAUAGACAAUGACCAGUGGCGGGGUCAGUGGGACGUCUCCGCGCAAGCGGGGAAGCUUAUCAAAUGACACUAAAAAUAAGUUCAGCAACCAUCAAGUUUGAGGGGGGACGCCGGGCGGGCGCGUGGGCAAGCGGGCGUGUGGGCGCACCCAUCCCCAUCCCUGCGUUUGGGUUGGUGGGCAUGCAAGUGCGAGGCGGAGGGAGGGAGGGAGCGAGCGAGCACGGCCAUCUAAUUAUUCCUUUGUUGUGUUCCGUCACAAUGUCAAGGGACGUACAUAAUUCCUUUGGCCAAAUAUCAACUCCAUACAAUGUUGUGAAAUAUUUUUCUCAUUUUUUUUUAUCUCCUGCAUAGACAUUGUUACAUUUGGCUCAUCCAUUUGUGUGAGUGUGUGUGUAUGUGUGUGUGUGUGUUUUGGAGAGGUAGAUAGUGCACAUGCUUCUAGUAUAUUUUCUGUGAAACCAGAGAAGUGUUACUAACCCUUCCUAAUGAGAUAUUUACAUAGUGGUCACAACACAGCUUUUCACCCUAAUAACUCAUCACAUGAAAUUUAACAGCAAUUUAUCAAACUAGCCAUCUCCAAAAUGGACACGCGGAGAUGAUGGACUGUCUCAUCUCUCUGUGUGUGUCUCUCUCUGGCUUACUCUCAUUAUUUGUGUUUUUAUACUGCUCUUUUUUGUUAAUAUUAUUGUUUUGUGUCUUACAUUCAUGCACAUUUGCAUUUUUAUAAAAAAAUUUCAGGAUCAAUUGUAAUUAUUUUUGUUUUAUUUUUUAACUGAGUUUUUGUUAAGGUACAUUCGUGUGCACCAGAAUUGUUGAGCUCAAUGUUUGAUCUUCUAAAUGGUCUUGGCAAUUGUCUUUUUUUCUAAAGAAUGAAAAUAAAUAUAUACUUUGCCUAGAAAUUAAAUAUAUAUUACUAUUCAGCCACAUGGAAGUCCCAAAGUUAUUUAAUUUAAUUAAUUUUCCCUGUAAAGGAUGUCAUGUACAAUAUUGACAUUGAAUGUCUAAUUUGCAAAUCUUACCAUUUGUAAAUGUAAUAUAUAUUUGCACAAAAUAAUUACUGUUUUUUUUUUUACAUGAAAUGAAAAAACUAAAAACAGCUAUGUCAAAAAUUGUAGCACAUUACUGGAGUGUAAUGUUUAAAAUUGUCCAAAUGUUAAUAGAAUGUUAAAAGAACUCAUUUGUCUUGUUAUGCACUGUUUUUUAUAUAAUAAUAAAAUAUCAUUAC